AAGGCAAUAGCAAUUCUGAGUUCUGAGAAUGUUUCCGGCAGGGGAACUCUCAUGGCUUUGCCGCCUAGUCGUCGAGACUCUCAACCCCUACACAGAACCAGACGCCUUCUCUUCAAUUUGCAAACAGAAGGAGAAGGAGCUUCUACUCGCUUCUUCUCAGGUCGUGAGAAAAAUUCAGCUGCGGAUUCGAGAGUUCGAUUCUCGUAUAGAGGGCACAGCGACGAAACCUGUUCCAAACGACGACGGUUUAUUCUGUUCGGACCACCAUUCUUCGGCUCAUCAAUGUCUCUCUGCAAUUGUAACCAAAAUGAUGACUUUGCUAACUAUCAAGGAUGAAUUUGUUCGGCAUGUGGCUGUCAAUGCACUUGUCUUAACUUCACAGUUUGUGCUCAAGUCGGGUAACAAAUGGGAUGAGUUUAUAAAGUUAUGGUGUCGGUUAUUGGAGAUGUCGAUUACUAAAAUGCUGCUGCCUUUGUCUACACAUUAUGUCGGAUCUGAAAAUUGUGGUUUUGAUUCAUCAGAUGUCAAUUUUCUGAUGCAAUUUGGAUUGAAGAAUUGUGAUUGGUCUACUGUUGCUGGCAUCACUCAAGUGUUGCGUGUUAUAUGCAAAGGUUUGAAGGAGGAAGAUUAUGAUGAUGAGCUUUUGAAAGUGUACUAUGACUCUGUCAAUUCUUGUUUCUCAAAGGUUCCUUGGGAUUUAUUGGAUGAAUAUUGGAGUAGGGAUAUUGAUGGUAGUAAUGAAAGCUCUGAUUCCGGCGCUUUAGAGCCUCGUAUCAAGUUUCUUGGGGCUUUUCUUCAGUUACUAUGCUCUUUAAUUGACCGCAAUGACUUUUGGGAAACUGAUUGUGAAUCUGCUUAUGCUAAUAAACAUCCACUUAUUGGCAAAAUCUGUAAUCUUAUACCUAGACUUGUUACUUGGUGUCUUGUGAAGCAAGAAGAUAGAGCUGACAAAUGCAUUGUUCAUUACUUGAAACACAAGUUGCUGACCCUGAUGAUCAGACUUGGCUCACUGAUAUCUCCAGAUGGUUCAGUCUGUCUUUCUUGGUUGGAUCUCCUUCAUAACUUCUUUCAAGAGCUUCUGAAAAAGCCAUUAAAUCAAUUUCAGUCUGAGCAAGAUGAUUGCCUGGAAGGCUCUCCAUUUUUAUUGAGUUUGUCCAAUGGCGAAUCAUGCUGGAUGCAUUCCAGCCACUUACAAAGACAAGCUGUUUUCCUCUUAUUGCAUUGUUCUUUCAGUUUUAUCCGUCAAAGAGGAGUAAAUGCAGGCCACCGCAAUUGUCCAACUUCAUGCUCGUGUUUUAAGGAAAAUCAAGAUUCAGAGCUAGAUUCAUUCUAUAAAAGAAAAGGAUCACUAGAGCUUUACAAGUGGGUUCAAUCACAUCUUCCUACUGAGAUCUCUAUCAACCAUGAAAUGUACUUGGCGAUAUGUAUGAAUUUCAUGUCAUCUUUCUUGCAGCUAUAUCUUCGUGAGGAUGAUCUAUUGUUUGAAGUCAUGUUGCAAUUGCUUAGCAUAUCAUCUUGUCUCCAGCAACAGUUUGACAUAAAGGAAGCAUUGUAUCAGGAUGUAAAGAAAGAAUUUCUUUUUGAUCUGUUGGACAUUUUUAAUCCCGUGCACCUUUUCCACCUGUUUCUUUCAGAGAUACAUUAUGAUCACCAAGUGCUUCUUGAUUAUCUAAUUUCAAAGGAUACUGGAAUAAGCUGUGCUAAAUAUCUUUUGAGUAGGUGCUUGUGUUUGAUAUGCGACUCAUGGGAUUUAUUUGUGGAAUCUCCAUUAGUUGGAGAAUAUUACAGUAAAUCAUCUUGCAAGAGAAGAAAACUUUCAGGUGAUGGUAUUGAUUUUGUGGCAGAUGAAAUUCCAACAUCAGUUGACAACUAUCGAAGGACCACCUUGCAUAGCAAGAAUUAUGAGAAAGACAUUGAAUAUUGCUUCAAGCAUUAUGAUAUUAAGCCGUUCAAGAAUGCUGCAGAAUGUUUACUGUCAUUGUACAAUUCUAUUGAGAAUCUUCAUCAAAAGGAUUUAUUUCCAUAUAAUCCUGAAGUACUUCUGAAACGUCUCAGAAAAUUUCAAGAGUUCUGCUGGCAGGAGCAGAGGUUUCAUGGAGAGAGAACUGAAAAAUGAUUCAAACAUUGUGUGGAUGUUGUUUGAUCCAUGAAGCUUGGUUAUGUUCGCUAGCACAUUUCUUUACAGUGUCCACAACUGUGAAUCAUUUCUUCCGCUUCCUGCUGUAAAUCUUCAGGUGCUGCCUCUCUCUUCUUCAGACGCAUGGUUAUUUUUUAAGAGUCGGUCAUCU